AUGUUCGUUGUCCGACUCCUCUUUCCUGACUUUUGUGUAAGCUUCUUGCCUGUCGUUGUUUUCUCAGGGACCAGCACAAGGGGAGAAGCCCUUCAGGAUCACCUCCACAGAGAAUCGCUUGCGGACCCCAUACACUUUUGGACGAGACAAGCAUCAUGCGUCCGCUGGUUUCAGCCGUAUAAGUCAGUUCUUGAGUCUUCUAAGGCUCCAGUCUACCGCUGGUUUUCGGGAGGCCAGGUAAAUGCGUGCUAUGAAGCUGUCGAUGCGCACGUGCUCAACGGCCGAGGAAGUUCAUGCGCGAUCAUCUAUGAUUCUCCCGCGACAGGUACUAAAAGUCGCAUCACGUACGCUGAACUUCUGGAGCAAGUUAAAAUCGUCGCUGAUGCUCUGCAGAAAGCUGGAGUGCGUCAGGGGGACCGCGUACUGAUUUAUACGCCUGUUAUGCCUGAGGCGGCAAUUUCCAUGCUAGCAUGCGCUCGCAUCGGAGCCGUACACGCGGUAACUUUUGGAGGCUUCGGAACUCAGGAACUGUCUACUCGAAUUGAUCAUGCGAAACCGAAAGCCAUAAUAGCAGCCUCGUGCGGUAUCGAACCUCGCCGUGUGGUUCCAUAUAAGGAAGGACUCGAAAAUGCAUUGCAACUUUCAUCGCAUAAACCAAAUUUCAAGGUUAUUAUUCAAAGACCCGAGCAUGAAUGUAAACUAGAGGAAGAAGACGUCGAUUGGGAGACGUUCGUACGGACAGGUUGUGCCGAAUGCGACGUAGUUCCGGUUGAUUCGAAUCAUCCUCUAUACCUGUUGUACACGUCUGGCACCACCGGGGAGCCCAAAGGUAUUGUGCGUGAUCACGCUGGUCAGUGCAUUUCAAGUCACUACACUGCUUCAGCAAUCUACGGCAUUGAACCCGGAGAUGUCGUCUUCUGCGCGUCCGAUCUUGGAUGGGUCCUCGGGCAUUCUAUAAUGCUGUAUGGUACCCUAAUUGGCGGCGGAACGACGGUGAUGUAUGAGGGAAAACCUGUUGUGGCAAACAAUGCAGGCGCCUUUUGGAGAGUAGCGAGCGAGUACGGCGUAUCAAAGCUGUUCACGGCGCCAUCGGCAAUUCGGAGCAUCAGAGUGGCUGAUCCACAGGGGGAAAAUUUGAAGGCCUACGAUCUCUCUCGACUGGAAACAAUAUAUCUAGUCGGAGAGAGGACAGACCAUGCGACAUUGCGUUGGUUUCAGGGCGCUCUAAGAGACGCCUUUGACGGAACAAAUUCCAGGACAAAUCCCCCACUUGUAAUCGAUCACUGGUGGCAAUCUGAGACCGGCUGGCCAAUGACGUGCGUCAUGACGGGCCGGCCUUUCACGCGAAAUGAUUACACGCCUUGCAGGGAAGGAUCUUGUGGGAAGCCCUGCCCUGGGUGGGAUUUACGAAUUCUAGAUGACGAGGGUGAAGAAGUAGAAGAGGAAAUGACUGGGCACAUUGUGGUCAAAUUGCCCAUGCCUCCCGGUUCACUCAAGAGCCUGUACGAGAACGAUGCGAGGUAUAUAUGCACGUAUCUAUCCCGGUUCCCCGGAUAUUACGACACAGGAGACAGUGGAUUUUUCGAUGAUGAUGGGUACCUUCAUAUCGAGGGCAGAACAGACGACGUGAUCAACGUGUCCGCUCAUCGUAUCUCGAGUCUAUCCAUUGAGGAGGUUCUCACCAAGCAUCCCGAAGUGACAUCAGCUGCAGUGGUGGGCGUCACGGACGCAGUCAAAGGCCACGUUCCGGUUGGAGUCGUUGUUCUUCGUCACAGUCGCGUGAAGCAGAGCAGUGACGAAGAGCAACAGAAAAGAAGGAGGAUCAUACAGGAACUGGUGAAUGAUGUCCGCGAGCGUAUUGGUCCCUUCGCGUGUUUCAAGACCUGUGUCAUUGUGAAUAAACUGCCGCAUACGAGAUCAGGAAAAACUCUUCGGAAAACUAUCGCGCUCAUUCUGGAGGGCCACAGAUACGCAGUCCCGCCUACAAUCGAUGACCCGUCUGCUCUCUCAGAACUCCAGCAGGCUGUGAAGGAACAGCUGGGUAUCGAGGAAAUAACAAGUGCACCUCAUCACCUGGCAUGGAAGAAUGGCCUCAGCGUGAAAUGGCCUCAGCCUGGUCACGGUGGACUUUAA